AGGCAGUGUGUCGGUGUAUACAAGUCGGUGCUCUCAUUCAUGCACAGUGUACAGCAGUGUUCGCCGACACUCGGGCCGUGCCACGUCCUCGUCCGAACACAACGCCUCUGCGCUCUCAGGCUGAUAAUAUCUAAAGAGCCGUGACCCUGUGCAGUAGUCGUCACCAUGGCAGAAGCUCACCAGGCGGUGGCCUUCCAGUUCACUGUCACCCCCGAUGGCAUCGACCUGCAGCUGUGCCACGAGGCUCUGCGGCAGAUCUACCUCUCAGGCCUCCACUCCUGGAAGAAGAGGUUCAUCCGCUUCAAGAAUGGGGUAAUGACUGGUGUGUACCCGGGCAGCCCAGGUGGCUUCAUGAUCGUGGUUGUGUCCUACAUGUCCUACAAUAAAUACCGACAGCUGGAUCCCUCUCUGGGGUUGAUAGCCAAGCUGGGCCAACACAUACCUAUCAGUCGAUACAUCUCUACAGACAACCAGAGGAUAGUUGGAGGAAUCCUGGUGGGCACGGGCCUGUGGGUCUCCAUAAUCAUGAUAAUGAGGAAUGUCCUGAAAAGCCUGUUGUCGUGGCACGGCUGGAUGCACGCGCGCCACGGCUCUGUGUCCUUUUCUACCCGUCUGUGGAUGAUAUUAGUGAAGGUGUUCUCUGGCAGGAAGCCCAUGCUUUAUAGUUUCCAGAACUCGCUGCCAAGGCUACCUGUCCCCUCCGUCAAGGACACCUGCAGAAGGUACCUGGAGUCAGUGCGCCCGCUGAUGGAUGAUGAGCAGUAUAACCGCAUGAAGGACCUGGCUAAAGACUUUGAGGAGAACCUGGGACCCAGGCUGCAGUGGUACGUCAAACUCAAGUCGUGGUGGACCUCCAACUAUGUGAGUGACUGGUGGGAAGAGUAUAUUUACCUCAGAGGCCGUGGACCCAUCAUGGUCAACAGCAACUAUUAUGCCAUGGACUUCCUGUACGUGUUCCCCACCUCCAUCCAGGCCGCCCGGGCAGGUAACGCAAUCCACGCUAUCAUGGUCUACAGGAGGAAACUGGACCGAGCGCAGAUCAAACCUAUAUACUUGCUGGCGAACAAGGUUCCUCUGUGUUCGGCUCAGUGGGAGCGGAUGUUUAACACCACCCGCGUCCCUGGUUUGGAGACAGACAUCCUCCAGCACACGAACGAGAGCAAACACAUCGCUGUGUACCACAAGGGCCGUUUCUACAAGGUGUGGAUGUUUUACGACGGGCGGCUGCUGUUGCCACGGGAGAUCGAGCAGCAGAUGGAGAGGAUCUUGGCGGACAGUUCGGAGCCCCAGGCGGGAGAGGAGCGACUCGCUGCCCUUACUGCAGGGGAGAGGACCCCUUGGGCGACAGCCCGCGAGGCCUUCUUCAGCCGUGGUAAGAACAAGCAGUCUCUGGACGCCAUUGAAAAGGCCGCCUUCUUUGUAACCCUCGACGAAACGGAGCAGCGCUACGACGCAAGCAAUCCCGUCAAGUCUCUGGACAGAUACGCCAAAUCCCUGCUGCAUGGAAACUGCUACGACAGGUGGUUUGACAAAUCCUUCAACCUGAUAGUUUUCAAGAAUGGCACCAUGGGGCUGAACGCAGAGCACUCCUGGGCUGAUGCUCCCAUCAUUGGUCAUCUGUGGGAGCAUGUUCUCUCCAUGGACCCUCUGAAGCUGGGAUACGCUGACUCUGGUCACUGCAAAGGGGAGCCCCACCCGACCCUGCCUGGUCCUCAGAGGCUGCAGUGGGACAUCAAUGAUGAAUGCCAGGAAACCAUCCAGAGCUCCCUGACGUUAGCCCAGAAACUGGCGGAUGACGUGGACUGUCACAUUAUCCCCUUCGCUGACUUUGGGAAGGGUCUGAUCAAGAAGUGCCGCACCAGUCCCGACGCCUUCAUCCAGAUCGCCCUGCAGCUCGCCCACUACAGGGACAAAGGGAAGUUCUGCCUGACGUACGAAGCCUCCAUGACGCGGUUGUUCCGUGAGGGCCGAACAGAAACCGUGCGCUCCUGUACGUUGGAAACCUGUGCCUUUGCUCAAGCCAUGAUUAAAGACGAGACAAGAGAAGAGCGCCUUAAGUUGCUCAAGCUGGCAGCGGAGAAGCACCAAAACCUGUACCGCCUGGCGAUGACGGGACAGGGCAUCGACCGCCACAUUUUCUGUCUCUAUGUGGUGUCGAAAUACUUGGGAGAAGACUCUGCUUUCCUCAAAGGGGUCCUGUCUGAGCCGUGGAGGCUGUCCACCAGUCAGACUCCUCUGCAGCAGGUCGACCUGUUCGACCUGGUCAGAUACCCAGAAUAUGUGUCGUCCGGCGGUGGAUUCGGUCCGGUGGCUGACGACGGUUACGGUGUCUCCUACAUCAUUGUUGGUGAGAACCUCAUCAACUUCCACAUCUCCAGCAAACGCUCAAGCCAUGAAACCGACUCGCACCGUUUUGGCGGCAACAUCAAACGGGCCAUGCUGGAGAUCCUGGAUCUCUUUCAGCUGGACAAGAAAACCAAGUGAUCCUCCCUCCACAUAGGAACGCUGUUUUUUUUAGCAAAACAUAUUCUUCCUCAUACUUGUACAGAAUCAAAUGUUGGAUUUUUUGGGUUAUUUUAAAGCUAAAAGUGAUGUUACACAAGCAAGAAUGACUGAGAAGUUUAUUUUGGAAACAUUACUGUCAAUAGUUGUGACGCUUUGAUGUGUAAUGUAUGUACAGGAGGGGUGAGACUCUGGUGGUGUAGGGGUACGGGUCGUGCACAGAUCAAAGUUGUAAUUUACAGAACUGUACACACUCAUACCUAGUAUUUGAUUAAUAUGACUCGUGUAAAAAAGGGCUGAAAGGGAGGAGAAUAUUCGUCGAUCUAGUCUGAGAUGAAAUUAGAGACGGUAAAGGAUAGUUCAUUUGCAUCAUCCCAUAUUUGAAUUACAGUUUAAAACGUGAAAGAUGCAAUAUUUUUAAUUGUUUUCGUUAAAAAAAAAGUCCAAUCAAUUCUUAAUUUGUGUUUUUUAAGUUUCGAAGCACCCGAGUCGAAUGUAAUUGGCCAAACAGCAAACCUGGUGUAAAGUUGAACAGAUUUGCAUGUUGUGUGGUGUCUGUCACUUUCACGAGGCCCCGAGCGGUUAAACUUCACAUGUAUAUUUUCCAAGAAUUAUAAAUAUUCCACAUCGAUCUGAUACAGACGACGCAGAGCUGCUCACGGUGUCCAACCAACGGCUCUCCAUCACACACCCCCACCCCCACCCCCAACCCCACCCCCACCCCACCGACUCCAGUGCACAGCCGGUGCGUUUGUUCCUUUUUUUAGCUGCUGUACGGUUUAACGAUGUAGCGACAAAGGCAGAUUGUGUUUGUGUGCGUGGGUUUUUUUUGUUUUGUUUUGUUGUUGUUUUCAUACUCAGGUUUUACUAACUCGGCCUAGUAUUGUACGGUGCUGGCUGCAGCCUUGGAAGAUCGGGGUCGAGAGGUUUUUCGACGCAGUACGACACCGUCUGACCUUCACGACGCGGUGGGUAGAGUAACAUUAGGUUUUGCUGUUAAAGUGUGUGUGUGUGUGUGUGUGUGCGGGUGCGUGACUGAGUUUGAAUGUGAUGUCCAAGUAGCCGAAGGUGACUUUUUUUCUCCCAAGCUUCCAGUGAUUUAAAUCAAAAAAGUGGAAUAACUGUACUUAAAACACUGUUGUGCGCUUAGUGACAGGCCGUUUAGUUCAAACUAACAAAUUCUUACCUACCUAGUAGCCUUCUGUCGGAUCAAUAGAGGAUAAAUAAAGUUGCAGUCUAGUGGUGUUUCAGCUGCUGUCGCCUGGGCGUAGGUGAAGUGCAGAACUGCUUAGUGGGGUGGACGCGUCUCUCCAUAGGAAAUCACUGUCUCUCUCGCUCCAUGCUCAUGAAGAGGAGAGGCUGUCGUGUAGGAAGACAUUUUGUUAUGUUCUGUGUGUGUUGUCAGAUUCAUCACAUUAUUUAUUUUAUUCUCCAUGUUUUAACUUCACAUGUUUGGAGACGUGGAUUCACCAGCUGAAUGUGGCUGAAUGUCGAGCACUUAGUUAAAGCUUUGCUGAUUGAAGAAGUGAAACGGAUAAAAAAAAUUCUUCUCGUUUUUGUUGAUUUUUUUUUGUUUUCUUUUUGUUUUUGACAUGACACUUGAGUUAUCACUGACUUGUAGUUGUAUGACUUUUUAUCUCGGUAAGUGUCAUGUUUUUCGCUGCAUGGUUUUUGAAGAUGAAGCUGUAUAUGUUUGCAUUUUAUUUUAAAGAUGUGUUUAAAAAAAAAAAAUAAGGACAUGCAGCUGAUACACCAAAACAAGUUUCAACAAUAAAGUGAAUGUCAGACA